CGGCGGCGGCGGCGGAUGGAGGCCGAGCGGCAGCGGGCGGCGGCGCCGCGCCGGGCGGGGGUGCCGAGGAUGGGCCGCCGGGCACGCCAGGACCUCCUUCAGGACGAGACUGUCAGCAGGAAGAACUCCUCUUCUGCGUCUGCCGGAGAGGAUGAAGACUCUGAGGAAAAGGUUGACCAUGAUCCACCACCCAAACCCCCACGCCGGCAAGGAGGCUGGGCAGAUGAUCCUGUACUGGCAACUACCAAGUCAGGAAAAAAGCGUGCGGAAGAAGUAGAAGACCAUCGUCUCAGACAGCAGAGCCUGGAGGUAUCAAGUGAUGGAGGAGACAUUCCUGUGAUCCCCGACUUGGAGGAAGUCCAGGAGGAAGAUCUGGCCAUGCAAGUGGCAGCUCCCCCCAGUGUGCAGGUGAACCGAGUGAUGACCUACUAUGACCUGGACAAAGAUCUUAUGAAGUUUGCUGCCUUUCAGACUCUGGAUGGCGAGGUUGACCUGAAGCUUCUCACCAAAGUUUUGGCUCCAGAACAUGAACUACGAGAGGAUGAUGUCAGCUGGGAUUGGGACCAUCUCUUCACAGAGGUAUCCUCAGAACUAGUGACUGAGUGGGAGCUGGGACAGUCUGAGAGAGAGGACCACCUCAGUCUGCCCUAGAGCAUUGGCACACCAGACAUCUCCUCAUACACACAUUCACUGUAAAUAUGUUAUCACUUUAAUUUUCUAUUCAUGUGUUUGUAUUUGAGAAUUAAUUUCAGACUGGAAAUAAAUAGGAGCUUGCUCCAUAGGAAAACUG